UCUGUACCGGGAGUCAUGUCGGCCAGUGAAUUGGAAUUAGAGUUCAGAGGUAGAGACAAGUGGAGUAUGAGCGCCUCUGAGAGGGACGAGAGAGCGAGAUUGCGUGUUAUGGUAUUGCUACUGUGCAUUGGUGCCGUGGUAAAGGAGCGUUUCGCCCAAACACGCCAACACCGCCUUGACAACAUCGAGAUGUCCGUCUCGGCCGAGCCUCCUGCAACCACUUCGUCGGUCGCCCCACUGGCUGAGCUACGCUGGGGCUUGGCUUAA